CCGCCGCCGCCGGGGCCGGUUGCCGCAAGAGCCAGCAGGAGACGCGGCGGCCGGAAGGUAGCAUAAGCGGCGUUGAACCGAGCAAGCUAACCGCCGGCAUGGUCGCAGCGGCGGCGGCCAUGAGCAGCAGCACCGCGGCCCUGCCGUGCCACGCCGCCCCGCUGCACUACGGGGCGGCGGUGUUUCUUGGAGACCUGGACCCGGCGACGGCGAAGGUGGUGAUCGGGGUGGCGGGGCCGGCGCUGUCGGCGCUGGGGUUCCUGUUCAUCGCGCGGAUCGUCAUGUCGUGGUACCCGAGGCUGCCGGUCACCAAGUUCCCCUACGUGCUGGCCUACGCGCCCACGGAGCCCAUCCUCGCCGCCACCAGGAAGGUCAUCCCGCCGCUCGGCGGCGUCGACGUCACGCCCGUCGUCUGGUUCGGCCUCGUCAGCUUCCUCAGCGAGAUCCUCGUCGGGCCGCAGGGCCUCCUCGUCCUCCUCUCCCAGCAAGUCUCCAAAUAGCUUUUAGCUUAGGAAAUUAAGCACUGUAUUUUUGUUUCUAUACAUUCUCUGGCUAAUGUAAAUGAGCUCCUCAUGUGUGUACGAUCGUUUCAACAGCGGGAAAAAAGAUAGCAACAGUUCUGCAAAAACCUGCUAGUUCGAAUUUGAGUUUGAACUUUUUCAG